AUCGUUGAGUAAGUACGAUGUUUGUAUAGUGAAUCACAGCAUAUUGUAAAACUGCGUAAUGUACACUUUUGACGGUGUAUUGUAAAUUUCCUUUUUAAAAUUUUUUUUUCUUGCUCAUCUCAUCGCAGAACUCCACUAUACCGAAAAAGAAGAGGUAGAGUGGGAAAAAAAAAAUCUUUCAACAUCAUCAUUUUAUACCAUCUUUCUACACAUCAAAGCGGUCCCAAGUUGUUGUUUCCUAGUAGGUUGUUAACCCUGAGGACUCUCAGUAGAUCAAGCAGUUCAAGCAUGACAAAACUUCAAGGAAGAGAGCUCUAUGAGUCUAUUGGCUCCCCAAAGCGAAUCGUGGCGCCUAUGGUUGAUCAAAGUGAACUGGCAUGGAGAAUACUAUCACGUAGAUACGGCGCCACGCUGUGCUACACACCGAUGUUCCAUGCCCGGCUGUUUGCCACAAGUGAGAAGUACAGACAGGACAUGUGGGGUGAAUGGGACGGUGACGCUGGCAAAGACCGCCCACUUGUUGUUCAAUUCUGCGCCAAUGACCCAGAAUAUCUGUUACAGGCUGCUAAGCAUGUGGUCGGUAAAUGCGACGCGGUUGAUCUGAACCUGGGGUGUCCACAGGGAAUUGCCAGAAAGGGCAACUACGGCUCUUUCUUGAUGGAGAACUGGGACCUCAUUUACAAGCUGAUCAACAAGCUACACACAGAGCUUGAUGUCCCGGUGACUGCGAAGAUCAGGGUGUUUGAAGACCGUGAAAAGACCUUGGAAUACGCAAAGAUGGUUCUCAGUGCAGGCGCACAGUUCCUGACAGUUCAUGGACGUACGAGGGAGAUGAAGGGCCAGAAAACCGGACUCGCUGACUGGUCGAUAAUCAAGUACCUCAGAGACAACUUGCCACAGGAUACGGUGUUCUUCGCUAACGGCAACAUCCUGUACCCAGAUGACAUCUCAAGGUGUCUAACUGAGAUUGGCUGCGAUGCAGUGAUGAGCGCAGAGGGCAAUCUGUACAACCCAGGGGUGUUUGUUGAUGCCGAGGAGGACCUCAAGAGACAGUUCCCACGGGUCGACCACAUACUGAGGGAGUACUACGAAAUCGUCAAGGACUGUCCUGGCAACGCCUCCAAGAUUGCGAUGAAAUCGCACAUCUUCAAAGUCCUCAGACCCUUCUUGGAGGUCCACACCGACAUCAGACAAGAGGUUGCCAAGAUGAAUACAAAGUACCGGUUUGAUGACGUUGAGCGCGUCGUGAAGCUUGUCGAGGCCACUGUUGAAGAGAUCUUCGCCAAACCUGACAUCGAGCAGCUGGACGUGAUCACAGCGGGAGACAAGCAGCUGUGGGGCGGCUCGUACAAGAAGGUGCCCUACUGGAGGUGUCAACCGUACUUCAGACCUGUCAACGGCGUCAGUGGUGAUAAGAGAGUCACCGAGGCGCUGAAGAGCCAGAACGAGCCACUGAAGAGCCAGAACGAGCCACUGAAGAGCCAGAACGAGCCACUGACGAGCCAGAACGAGCCACAGCUCAGCAAUCACCUGCCACACAACAAAAGACCCCUACAGCCCGAUAACGAACAACAGACAAAGAGGCCUAAGCAGUCCAUAUAAACCUUUCCAAUGCGGUAAUUUCGCCUUCUCGCCCAAUA